CAAAGACGAACAUUCCGUUUUGGUCUUUGUAUAUAUAUUUGUUUUGGAAACAGCUUUCUUUCUAUAUAAGACCGUUAGAAGUCUUCGAAUUAUAUUAUUUAUCAUCAAUCAUGCAUGAAUUAAUUUAAUUUUUUAUAUUUUUUAAAUCUGUCUCCAGGCUCUUAUUUAGUCGUGUCUUUGAGUUGCCAAAAUAUCAAAAGUUUGAGAAAAAAAUGAGUCGUCUUGAAGCUGAAGGAAGAGCCCCAAGUUGCUGGUGGCGCUUCGGCUUUUGGUUAAUCAUCAUAGCUGGACUCAUCAUUCUCAUAGUUUGGAUAAAUCUACGUCCAACGGGUUCAGACAUUCCAAAAUGCUCAAUCGAAUACUUUUACGUUCCAGCCCUCAACAAAACCCUAAACUCACGACUCAACACCACUCUCAACUUCAUGGUUCGUCUAGCUAAUCCAAACAGUGAACAAGGAAUCUACUAUGACGACGUCCACCUUUCCUUCUCCAGCGUCACCUAUGUAUUCAUCGCUAACUACACGGUGCCAAGAUUCUACCAGGGACGCAAGAAGAAAGCCAAGAAGUGGGGUCAGGUUGUGCCUCUGAACAACCAGACAGUUUUAGAAGCGGUUUUGCCUAAUGGAUUGGCGAGUUUUCGGAUAAACCUGAAGACACAAGUGAGGUACAAGAACUCGUUUUGGAAAACUAGGAGGUUUGGGGUCGUCGUUGGUGCUGAAGUUGGAGUCAACGGGGAUGGAGUUAAAGCUAAUAAGAAAGGGAUUAGGUUGAAGAAAUCUGACUCUUCUUCAUCUUCUUCAUUAAGAAGCUAUUUUCCUGUUUGUGUUUUGACGAAUCUGCUUGUUUUCUUUGCUAUUUGUUGAACUGUUUGGUGCUUUUGAUUUUCAUUUGCUUCUUUGUUGUUGUUGGUUUUAUUUACUCUUUCAUUAGUAUUGCUUUGAGUUUUUUUUUUCCUUGAACUUUUAUUGUUUCUUCUUUGCGUUGUUCCGUCUUUUUCUUUGUAGCUUCUCAAGUUGACCAAGUACUUCAUUGAAUAAUUGAUCCUAUUAUUGUUUUGUUUCAACUAUAUGCAAUAUUAGUUUCUCUAUCAACAAAAUAUAUUUGAAAAUCAAUUAAAAAUGUACAAGACAAAUUUGUAUAUGGGCUUGAUGAAAACAAGGACCAAAGAGCGAAAAUAAAAACAUAACAAAAGUAAAGUAAAACUAACUAACUGGUAAAAUAUGCGGAUUUGUUUUUGAAUAAAUGUUAAAUUUAUCCAUCACAAAAAACCUAUUUUACAAUCAAUGAAUCUUUGUGUGGAAACAAAUAUGGUGUUAAGAGUAUUUCAAACUAGGGUUAGGCGGUGUGGUAUCUGGUCUACUUUAUAGCACUAAGUGUUUUUUUUUUCUAGGGCCUACUGGAUCAGCCGAUAUAGCCUAUCGAAAAAAAUAUAGAAUAAAAUGAAUAUACAUAAUGAAUAGCGUGAGUUCCAAGGUAUCAUUAUGAAUCAUUCAGUAGUCUUCAUCGUUUUUACCUGAAAUGCAUGACAGCGAGAGGCAAAAAAUGACAAUAACAAUAAAAGUUAUUGACCAAACCUUUUUACCAAAGAAAAAAUUGAGUCAAACGAUCAAGGUUUCAGUAUGAAGACACGUGUAAGAAGAUCAAAUCCAAAAGUAUUCAUUCAAAGAAAGGAAGAUGGCCGGAGAAGAAGAAGAGGUGUCCUUAGGUAGUUUUGGUAUCCGACUCUGGUUUCAUUGGUGGUCGCGCAGAGAGCGUAUAAGAAUGUGUGCUAAGAAAUUGUUAAUUUUAGAAUCACAUUUCCAAUAAUGCAUCAGAUCGCCCCAGGGCCAGAAAGAUGAGAAGAGUAAGUAGGAAAAAGAGGGGAAUUUUAGUUAAUUAGUAAAUUUGGGAUUUUUUUGUGUAUAUAGGGACAAAUUUUCCUUGUUCAUUUGUCAUCAUCACCAACAAAACAGAGUUGAUAAAUCCUCUUCCCCACUCUUCUAGCCUCACCCCGCCGCCACCAAAAGUUGUUUGUUUAGCACGUUACAUAUCUACAUAAUAUUUUUUUUGCUAAACAUGUAAAAUUUUAUUUCAGAAACGAAUGUUGAGGUUUACAAAAUAACAUGGUCAAAUACAUUACGAUAAAUAUUUUUGUAUACAACACUAACCAAAAGAUAACUAUAAUGUUUCAAAAGCAGCAAUGCAAAAAUCAUCCGUGAACAAUUUGUAGAAUCACCAAAAAAUUUCAUACACAACACACAAUCGUUCAUAAUGACGAUUUACCUCAAUUUUAUCAUUGAGAUACUGCUGUCAAGAUUAGAUGCAAAAUCCAUUGCAAUUUUUCUUUGCGUCUAGAAACAGAGGGAGUCCUUAAAUGGUUAGGAAACUUUUAUUUUUAUUUUUUUGAAAAAAUGGUUAGGAAAGAUUCGGUGAAAUUUGUAGUGUAAAGUAAGGAUUUUAUUGUUUCAACUUUCAAGACACAUUGAGAAAUUGUCAUAGAUUUAGCAGAUUGUCUUGGGAGUAUCUCAUGAUCAGAGAGUGAUGGAAAUUGUAGUUAUGAAAAAUUCAAAAAAUAUUUUUUUUUGUUAGUGUUAAGUACUACACUGAAAAGAUAUUUACCAUUAUCCAUUUGAUUUUUUUCCUAAACUUCAAAAUAUUUUUUUCUGGAAUGUUGAAAAUUUAUUUAUAUCAUGGGAAAAGGUUAAAAAUCUUCAAUUAUAAAAUUUCCGACCAAAAAUUUCAGGUUUUUUACUAGUAGUUUUUUUUCUUCCAAACAUGAUUGAUGAGACUGUAGUAAUUUAUUUAUAUCAUGGCUGACAAACCCAUUUUUAGUGUCCAUGCUGUCAAUGAAAAUUUUGAAAGGCCUUCACUUCCCAUCUGAAAGGCCUCAAAGAAGAGGUUCCUCCUGCCGGCAGAGAAUCAUAAACUCUUGCAUAGCCAAACGAUUAUAAGUGCCUCAAUUGAUUACAAUGAAAGCAGGAACC